AUGGCUGCAGCAGCAUCUCCAACACUUGCAAGUCUUCAAGCCGCUGGGUUUCCUGCGUGGUGGACAAGUUCCUCCCCGAUGGGCUCCAAUGAAGGGAUGUACCCACCAGGUGGGUUUACCAAUUUCCUGCAGUCAAACAGUAGUCCAGAAAAUUUCCAUUUGGUUGGCAAUACAACAAGCAGAACUAGAAUUUCGCCAACUACUCCAAGUUUUAAUGGAACCCCGCCAGGUGAAAGCAAUGCACAAGACAAAGAAACAAUCAAUGAGAAGCGAUUGAACUGGACAAAAGGUGAAGAUACUAGAUUGGCUUGUGCUUGGGUGCGUAACUCAAAGGACCCGGUGGAUGGAACUGAUAGGAAGUCAGAUCAGUAUUGGGCGGAUGUUACUAAAGAAUACAACAAAUCCACAGAGGUUUGCCGCAGGAGAAACCGGAACCAACUGAAAAUCCGUUCGGAUCGUAUUAAGAAACCAGUGAGUGAGUUCCAUGGUUGCUGGGUAAAAUCCAACAAUGUGUACAGAAGUGGUUAUAGUGAUGACCAAUUGAUGGAAAUUGCUGAAAAGAUGUAUGCCUCUGAACAUAGUGAUAAAGAUUUCAUGCUGAAGCAUAUAUGGAAGGUUGUGCGAAAUGAAAGGAAGUGGUCUGCAUAUGUCAAAAAAAUGGAACAGGAAAAAGAGAACAAGGGUGCAACUAAUAAGAGGGCUGAAGUGGUGAAUUUGGAAGAUAAUCCUAACAUUCGUCCUAUUGGGCAUAAGAGCGCUAUGGGAAAAAAAAGACACCUGAAGCUUUUUCUGCUAUUAGUGAGAAGCUAG